UGCAUGGAUGAUCUGGGCUAGAAUACAACCACUUUCAUUUUGUCCAUCUCCCUCCAUGAUGAGCAUCUCAGUUCCUCCUGGUGUGGCGCCUUUGAACAACAGCGAGGAGCCCUCUGAGGCUCAGUGUCAUCCAGGAGCCCAGCACGUCUCACUCUUGGUGCUCCUCUGCCUGUUCCAUCUGAUGGGACUCUUCCUCAACGGCUUCAGCCUGUGGGUGUUUACCUGCCGGAUGUCCAAGUGGAGCGCAGGCACAGUUCUGCAGUUCAACCUGGCCGUGAGCGACGCCAUCGCCUCGCCUGCCACGCCGCUGUUGGCCGUCUACCUGGCCAGUGAGAGCCAAUGGAAGUUUGGGAGUUUUGCUUGCCAGCUGAAUAUUGCCCUGCUCUGUGCCCACUUCUAUGGUAGCGUCUUCUUCCUCAUGCUCAUCAGCGUUCACCGCUACAUUGCAGUGGUCCGCUUUAACCGAUCUUCGCUGAUGAAACGGAAAGACUUUGUGAAGAAGCUGUGCUGUGGAGUGUGGUGUUUCUUGCUGGUUUUGGGCCUAAGCUUUGGGUUUCUCCUGCCUGUCACCACUGAUGAUCACAAGCUGUGCCUGUCCAUACAUCAGAAGAAUCGCACAGAAGCGUACAUCGCCAUCAACUUCAUGCUCUUCAUUCUUGGUUUCAUUGUGCCUUUAAUUGUGUCUUUAAUUUGCUACAGCUGCCUGGCGACCUCAGUUUCCCAUAUGAAUGUUAGCUCGCCCCAGGGUCAAUCGAUCAAGAAGAAGUCACUGAAGAUGAUCGGAAUAUGUCUGAUCAUCUUUGGGCUGUGCCUUCUUCCUCUCAAUGUGGUGCGGACAGUCGCAGUUGUUGUUAAGAAGUACUACCCUAAGAAAUGCCAGCUUCUUUUACAACUGGAAACUGCAUAUUAUGCAUCCUACAUCCUGGGAGGAAUUAACUGCUGCUUGGAUCCCUUUAUCUAUUUCUUUGGCUCACACAAUUUUAGGAAAGCCUUCAGAAAAUCACUGAGAACAACAAGCGUUCAAAAGGAAAGAGACAACGGAAGUGAAUCAGACUGUAAAAAAGCUGUCAUCUAAAAAGUAAAUAUACAGUUAUACUGUUUAUUAGUAGUUACAUGCAUAUAGUACCUUUCUCAAACCCAAGGACGUUUUACAGACUGUUAGAAUUUCUCUUUUCAGUAUAGCACAUUCUUUUCUACCCAGCUGUAUCAAAGAUCUAUACUCUGUCGUUAGCAUGUCUAUUUUUAGAUAGGUGAAAGACUAUGUCAAAUAUAAUUUGAGGUGAUGACAGACAACUGUCUCAUUUUUGAUAGCAUAUAUUCAUGUCUGAACAUGUAGCACUUGCUAUGUCAUUUAUAUAUUUGCUCUAACUCAUCUGCUUUGACAUCUGUAUAUAUUCAUGCAUCUCUG